AUGUUUAGGUUGAGUUCUUCCAAAAACUUCGUUAAGGUGGCCAAUACGAUUUCCAGGCGUGCAUAUGCAGAAGCCGCUUCUAAUGAAUUUCUGAAACUACACUUUGCUCUUCCACAUAACACUAUUUAUGCUGGUAGCAAGGUAACUCAAGUUAACUUGCCAGUGAAGUCAGGCCAUGUCGGUAUUCUAGCAAACCACGUACCAAUUGUAGAACAAUUGGUUCCAGGUGUGGUUGAAGUAGUGGAGGAAGGUGCUUCGAAGAAGUUUUUUGUCUCUGGUGGUUUCGCUACGGUUCAACCAGAUUCUACCAUGUCUAUCACCUCUGUUGAAGCAUUCCCAUUGGAAUCUUUCUCUAGUGAGAGUAUUAAAUCCCUGUUGGUAGAAGCUGAAAAGAAUGCAGGUUCAGCUGAUCAAAAGAUUGCCGCAGAAGCUGCUAUCCAGAUCGAAGUCUUGGAAGCAUUGCAAGCAGCUUUGAAAUAG